AUGAAGGCAGUUUCUCUCCAUGACACUGAAGCGCUUCGACAUCAGCGCCUCUCUAUACGCCCUGCUGAAAAUUGCGCUGUUUCUCCUGAUGCCAUCCAAGUUACUCCAAAGUAUUCUCACACUGCAGAUCUCGUUAAAACACUUCACAAGGGCGCCAAAAAACGUAACCCAAACGUAUCAAACGGCAUUCAUCGCGAGGAAACGGAAAUUGCCGAAGCAAAUUCACAUUUGAAAUUAGCUUCACCUUCACGAGAGAAAGUUUCUGAUGUAAUCCGACUCGCAUGUGAGCCGGAUUUAUCAAGCGAGGCUAGACCUGCUUCCUGUCAUUCAGAUCAGCAGCUUGCAGGCUGGCGAUCAUGUGUAGGCGAUGAGGUCGCAUCUACUAAUAGUCAACUAGGAGUUUCGAUCACUAAGCUCUCUGGUAGGAUUCCUUUGGGCAAUCCGUUUCUCAUGCCGAGUGAGUCUUCUGAUCGAAGCCGCCUAGUUGAGCUUUUUACCUCUGGGCUCAGACCGAAAGGCUUGGCUUGCGGUUUCCGAUCUUUGUCAUUAACCUCUUCUUCAAUGUCUCCACCAUCAUUAUCUAAUUGCCUUGUCACGGACGAUUGCUCUGCACAAAUUACAGCAGCUGCGGGAUCAGUCAUUCUUUGUCCUACUAAACAAAGUAUUUUUGAUACAAUUGAUGCUGAAAUUGCUCCGCGAGAUGAUCAAUCUUGCCUUGCUACUUAUGCUCUUGGGCCUUCCGUAUCCAGAGAAAAUAGAAACGAAGAAAAGAUUGAAGCGAAGUCAAAGAAGCUACUCGAACACGAGGAGCAGCGGCUGAAAGAGAAAUACGAGCUAGAGGAAAUGAAUAAAGACGAGGAUGGAAAUGAUGAAGUAUUCGAGGCUUUCGGGUCUGCAGCGGUUGCUGUUCCGAUGCGCCAGCCGGGCGUGUUACACUAUGCUACAAUCGACUUUGCCGUCACAACAGAAUUAUAUCCUUCUGGAUCUCAGAACAGAUCGCGGUGA